CCAUAGCGCCCUGCCCUCUGCGCGUCCCCGUACAGAAGGGCUCUAGCCGUUAACGGAACGGCGUAUCAUCGACGUGUGAUCACACAUUUCUCCUAAUCUAAAUAUCUGUCAGAUCCAGCGGUCAUUUUGACGGCAGUUCCUCGGUACCGGGAUUAUGACGACACGCGUGGGUUCGUGAGGAGAGCGGUGUCGUUCGCUGAGGGUCUUGAAUACACAGUAGACAGUGAGUAGUUGUGAAGUCCAGCCUGCAGUUUUGAGUGUGAUGGAGGGAUUUCCUGUCCACUGACACAGCAGCACUGCCCUGCAGUCAUGUCUGCAUGCAACACCUUCACUGAGCAUGUAUGGAAACCAGGGGAGUGCAAGAACUGCUUUAAGCCUAAGAGCCUGCACAGGCCUCCAGAGCAGACCAAUGCUGCUAAUGAAACCAGGACUAACGUUAAUGCCAAGCUCACGAACAACAGCCAGAGGAGCAUGUCCUCAUCACGGGCAGGUCAGGUCCGUCCACCUGUCGCAAAGAAACCUACCAUUGCGGUGAAGCCUACCAUGAUGUUACCAUGCUCUCCGCCAGGACUGGACUCAGAGGGAAACGUUCCCAGGCAUGCAGAGGCAGUGCAGGUUAAUAAAAGUUCAGCUUUCUCUGUCUGGACCCACAACACUUUAAAUAGCCCAAGAUUUACAGGGACAAACAACAAUCAAGGAGAGGAUUUAGUUGGGCAAACAGAGGCAUAUGGCCCAAUUUCCCCACAGACAGCUAGUAGUAACAACGGACUGACAGAUGUUCUGAAGGAGAUCGCUGGCCUGGGAUCUUCUCCAAGCUCCAGCAGAGACGACUUCUUCGGACGAAUCUGCAGUUCAUAUAGACGCUCAUUAGAGAGAGGCAUACCAGCUUCAAGCUGCCUCAAUGCUGGAAGUAACAGCCGAGGAGCUGCAAAACGCGUUUCCCUUAGUGACAGUGCAGAGAUCAUCAGCUCUGAAGGAGGACGUUUCUGUUAUCCAGAAUUCUCAAGUGAUGGUGAUGAUGAAGACGAUGAUGAUGAAAGCGGUGAUGAGGAUGAUGGAGACCAUGACAGUUGGGAUGAAAGUGAUGAAGAGUUGUUAGCAAUGGGUAUCCGAAUGCGUGGUCAACCUCGUUUUGCUAAUUUCCGUGCAGCCACGUUGUCUCCUGUUCCCUUUGCUCUAGGAAAAAAGUGGAAUACCGUGCCUUUACGUAAUCGCUCGCUGCAGAGAUUAUGCGCAGUGGAUUAUGAUGAUAGUUAUGAUGAGAUUCUUAAUGGAUACCCAUCUGUUGACUCAAAUGGAGCUCCUGCACUUCUGGCAUACAGCUCUGACCACCAUGGUAGUGACUUUCUGUCCACUUCCGAGUCCACCACCUCACCUGAAUCCUUGACAUCCUUGCCCGACGAAUCCUGCACGGGCAGCAGUAGUGGCACCAGUGACCAGAAAAUUUGUGUUUCCUUCCAAACUAGCAAAGAACCUUUACCCAGAGGAUUAAACUCACCAAAAUCCAAUGAAACUCAUAAAGCUGUCUUAGCUAUUCGACUGGAAGAACAAGAUGACAGUCAAAGAGAGGGCGGGGCUCUCCCACAGGCUCUUCCUGGCCAGCCAAUCACAAUCAGCUUCAGCCCAACUGAGGAGCAGGCUAAGCCAUAUCGAGUAGUAAAUCUGGAAAAGGCUCCUAUUUGUAAGCCUUACACUGUAGUUGAUGUGUCUGCCUCGAUGGCCACAAAAGAAGAUAACUCUCAAUCUAUUGAAAGCUCACCAAAAGCAAGUGGUUCUAGUGCAACUGUCCGCUCCUUCCCUGACCUUCAUCCUGUCUCACCCACCUCCUCUCAGUCCCCCAAAUCACUUGUCUCACCUGUGACAUCUCCAUCCUUUUCUUUGUCUCCUGUGGCACCUCUGUCUCCUGCAGGCACAACAUCUGCAGGACCCAGCGGUUUUCGCACAAAACCUGGCAGCAUCCGUUACCAAGAAGUGUGGACAUCUUGCACCAGCCCACGACAGAAGAUCCCAAAAGUAGAUUUUUCAAGUGGUGGUGCCACUCCAAGACUCAUCAACCACAAAUCAGCUCCCACUUCUCCAACUACAGGCUUUGGCUCUGCCCGCACUGUUCCAACCAAAUCCCCAAACCUGUCUGAGAUCAAAUUUAACAGUUACAACAAUGCUGGCAUGCCCCCAUUUCCAAUCAUCAUACGUGAUGAACCUGCAUAUGCACGUAGUUCUAAGAAAGCAGUAAAGGUUCCCAUAGUGAUAAAUCCUAGUGCUUAUGAUAAUCUGGCUGUAUACAAGAGUUUUUUGGGGCUCAACGGUGAGCUGCCCCAGUCAAAGUCUGGGCCAGGAGAGAGAGCAGCCAGCCACACGUAUGAGGAGAUCGGAUCUUCCGAAAGCACACAGCCCUCUCCUACUGAACUGACACCCCAAAUUAAACAAACAUCUGAGACAACUGUUACUGGAGAAUUGAGAACCACUGCAUCAUCAGGACAGACAGUGAAUGACAGCAAAGCCAGAACCACACCAGGUCUUUUUGCUAUUUCUACAGGUAACCUUUGCCCCAGCCCUACCCCUGCAGUUAUUACCCAAAGCAGUCUGGAUCACAUUCAUAACUCCCUUAGUGAGCAACCACCAGAAGGCAGCAAAGAGCCCCAGGUCACACUCAGUGGAGGUUCAGGUCAGAGAGAGAAAGCGAGUGCUGUUCUGUCUCAGAUCGUGUCCUCUAUUCAACCUCCACUAUCUCCACCAGACUCUCCAGCUGGCCAAAGUAAAACUUGCAGUGUUGAAGAACUUUGUUCACAGCCACCAGAUUCCUCAAGAGACACUGUCAGUAGACCCAAAUCACUUCACUGUUCUGCAGAACCUCAUAAAGGCACACCUCUCAAACUCCUGCCUAAAUCUCAAAGUGCCUCUGCUGCUGUACCCCCCACAAGCCCCAAAUCUGAACCCAGUGCACCGUUUCCCCCAACACGGUCCAGCUCCUCUCCUUACCAUUCAAGUAACUUGCUCCAGAGACACUUUAGCAAUUGGACCAGACCAGCUGUGGCCAAACCUAGUGAUGGAGAGACCAGCCCGGGUGCAGAGGGCAGACGUGCAGCUGAUGGUAACAAGCCCAAACGCUGGAUUUCCUUCAAGAGCUUCUUCCGCAGGCGGAAGGAUGAGGAUGAACAGAAGGAGAAAAUGGAACGAGAGAAAGAAAAAGGAAAGCUGUUGGGAUUGGAUGGGACAGUCAUCACUGUAUUGCCCCCUCCACCUGUACAAAAACAGCACUGGUUUGCUGAAGCCAAGACAGAUGACCCUCACCAGAAACCCACUAUUAUAUUUACUUACAAAUCUGGAGAGGAGGGGGAGCUUCGGGUUGAGGAGCACAAAGAAAGUUCAGGCGUUACAAUGGGUGGUGGACCUUCCAACCUGUCUACUCCACCAAAGAGCAGAGCCAGUCUCCUCAUUAGCAAAGUCAUGAAUCAGCUUCCAGCUCAGGAUACUGAGAUCGCUCCUGCCACCUCCCUGCUUGCUAAGCCAGAGCUAUCGCCCCUUCGUGAGCCGCCUGCAUGCUGUCCGCCCCCAGCGUCGCCCACCUCGCACAGCAGCAAUCAAGGAGAGCGAGAGGAAGAGGGAAUCGUUCGCACCGUCUCAGAGUCUUCGACAUCGAGCAGCUGCAGGGCCACGUACACCAACCUGGGUCAAUCCAGGGCCAACAUGAUCCCUGUGAAGCAUCCCAGACAUCCUAAAACAUCUGAAGACAAUUUGGCCUCUGACGCAGAGGUCAGCGAACCCACCUCAAAAGCCACUCCUCCCCCCUUGCCCAAGAAGUUAGUCCCACGUGCUCAAACCGAACCAUCCACCGUAGCUCCCCGACCCAAAGGAGAGGCCAAACCAGGCGGAGCGAGUCUAAGCAUCGCCAAUCCGCUCUACGAUCUCGAGUCCACGUGGGACACGGCCAGUCAGAGCUCCUCGGUCAGCUCGGAGGCACGACAUCUCGAUGAAUCCGGAGACUCCCUGGAGCGUCCGGUGGGGGGACGUAGCUUGUGUUCCCUCACCAAUAGCAGCACCGUGCAGGGGUGCGACCGUCGUGGCUACCGCAGUACGGAAAAUUUGACAGCCAGGACGCGAGGGGCUGGCCGACCAGCUAAGGUCCAGAAACAGGCAGCGUAUAGAGGCAUGGAAAGCUGGGAGGAAGUGGUCGGGAGGAUUCGAGGCCUGCACACGGACACGCUUCGUAAACUGGCGACCAGAUGUGAAGAUCGUUUCAUGGCUGGACAGAAAGAUCACCUGCGCUUCGGAACGGAUAGUUGGUCUCAUUUCCGACUCACUGCCGGAAAACCUUGUUGUGAAGCUGGGGAUGCCGUGUACUAUACCGCAUCCUUCGCCAGAGAACCUCUGAUGAAUUAUGCCGUCAAGAUCUGCAGGGGUGUGGUGAAGGAAUCUCAGCAGCAGUUCUUUCACAGUCUGGCAGUUCGGCAGAGCAUCGCUGUGCACUUCAACAUUCAGCAGGAUUGUGGCCACUUCCUGGCCGAUGUUCCAGCUCGCCUGUUGCCCUGGGAGAAAGGGGAGGACGGAGAUGACGAGAGAGACGACACAGAGGAUGAAAAACGUGGGAAAGAAAAUGCGACGAAAAGCCACGACAAGGACGGGAAACUGUGCAGUCAUGUCGUGGUGAUCACGCGUGAGGUGCCGUUUCAAACAGUGGCGGAUUUCGUACGAGAAGCCGUCGAGCGCCAUGCGCGAAACCCCGAGUUGUAUGAAAGGCAGGUGUGCCUGCUGUUACUCCAGUUGUGUGCAGGACUUGAACACAUGAAACCGUACCACGUCACGCACUGCGACCUGCGGCUCGAGAACCUCCUCCUGGUGCACUGUCAGCCAGGGAACCCGUGGAACCUGGAGGUGCCGGAGCCCAACAAUAACGCAGCGUCCGGACCCUCUUCAGCCACCGCCUCUGCUUGCCCCGCCCGCCUCAUCAUCAGCAAUUUCUCUCAGGCAAAACUGAAGAACGUGGUUCUGGAACCGUCUUCGCUCCGCGACCACUCCCGUCUCGCACCCGAGCUUCUCACCGCCACUCAGUACCGCAAGUGCGACGAAUUUCAGACCGGAAUAUUGAUCUACGAGAUGCUGCAUCGGCCGAACCCGUUCGAGGAAAAUCCCGAGCUCAAACAGAGGGAAUACUGUAGCACGGAUCUGCCCCAGCUUCCCUUGCGAUCCCUCUACUCCAGCGGCCUUCAGCAGCUCGCCACAUUGCUCCUCAACCCUAACCCUUCCGAGCGCAUCCAGAUGGCAGACGCCCGAGCGUGCCUGCAGUGUCUGCUGUGGGGUCCGCGAGAGGAUCUUUUUAAUACGUUAAACCCCUCCGCUGGAACCGUCCAGCGCCACACCGUCCUGCAGAACUGGCUGGACUUGAAGCGAACACUGAUGAUGAUCAAGUUUGCCGAACGUUCGCUGGACUCGGGAUGCGGCGUGAGCCUGGAAGACUGGUUGUGUUGCCAGUAUCUGGCCUUUGCCACCACUGAGUCUCUGAGCAAAGUGAUUAAAAUCUUGCAGCAGCCGCAGGGCGUCCUGAUCUGAUCGCAGUGACUGCGGAUGCUCCGAUACAUACGUUGUACAGGCGUGUGAUUUUUAUUUGAUUUUGGUAGUGUUUGCGUUUGGUUUAGUACAGUGGCGUGCAGAGAGUAAAAUCGAGUGAACAAAAGGUUUACAGGAUGAAAGUGACAAAGUCAUAUUUAACUCCACAGAUAAUGGCACAUUUAUAGAGCUGCUUUUAUACAUAAAGUGAAAAUGCAUGAAAUGUGUGCGCGUGUGUGUGUGUGUGUGUGUGUGUGUGUUUUGUUAGGUCGUCACUCUGCUAUAGGGACACAGCAGGAAACCACUGAUUCGACAUUCGCUGCAUCACGAUUGGUGGUGAUUCAUGAAAUUUCAAGAUGUUUCUCAUCAUUCUUGUUCUGGAGAAGUACAGUAAGCAUUGCAUAUCGAAUUGUUUGUGUGUGUAGUUGUAUAGAGGCCCACGAGAAUCACUGUAAUGUAUGUCUGUGGCAGAAAACUGACAUUAGGUCAAUGAAUGAGUCUAUAACAUGCCUUACUCGUAUAUGUGUGUGUGAGAGAGCGAUUAAAAGAGGCAGAAUAAACAUCAAAUCAGACAUUUUACUCAAAAUAAACUUUUACCCUGAUAUAAUACACAGAAAGAGAUUACAAAUGAUAUGACAGAUUGGAUUACGUUAUUUUUCUACCACAACGAGAGCACUGUAAAGUUUACCAAAGACUGAACCGAUCCACGCAAAAUAUUUUUACAUUUUCCGAUAAAAUAAAAUAUAUUAAUAAUCUCCCUCAUAAAGAAAGUGUCCUUAUCCAACUGUUAGAAAGGCUUGAUUUUAUUUUGAAGGUGCGAUUUGUUUUUAAUUUUUUGAGAAGGAUAUCGAAAUUGACCUUCUGCCCGAAAGAUAUCACUGAGAAAUUACAAUUGUUACUGUGAAAGCCCUACACAAAAUCUUACAUUUUUAAAGGGUACCUCGACUAUGAAGACGUGUAUGCUUUAAAACUUUAUAUUUGCAUUCUACAUCUAAAAUCCAUUGAUAGAAACACAUUAAAUCUUUUCGUUACUUUGAUAUUUUCAAAACCCCAACAUGCAAUAUUCAUUUUAAGCUCUAGAGGCCGCCAUUUUGUUUCAUGCAUACACCCACACACUAAAAAAUGUCUGGGUUAUGUUUAACCCAUAAUGGGUAAAUAUUGGACAGAACACAUCCUGGGUUAAAAAUUACCCCAUGCAUUGGGUCAAUUUUUACCCAGCGGUGUGUUCUGUCCAAUAUUUACCCAAAAAUAACCCAGACAUUUUUGGAGUGUAGUGCAUUCUGGGUCAAUGACGUGGAAUGUUUGUUGUGAAAUAUUACUAAAGUUUACUAUAGUAAAUACUAUGGUAUCUACUAUAGUUUUUCAUGUGAGAAUGUUUUACCUCUCAGAUUGUCUUUAUUUUGAUCAUCUUUCAUUUGUAUGUUUUCUUUACAUCAUCAUCAUUUAUGUUACUCUCUGAUGUGUAUUGAAAGGGCUGAACAGAAGAUGUUCUUGUAUUUUUAAUGGCAUGCAGAAAUCAAGACCAUACUGCCACCCACUGUCUGUAUGCAUUUAUAACUCUCAUCUUCUGUUUUACAUUAUUUUACAAUAUACCGAUUGAAUACUUGUUUGUCAUAUUUACCUUGCUGAAGGGUUAAUAGAACAAGUUUUAAUUAUCAUGUAAACAAAAUGGUGGCCUCUGAGUGAAAACCUUAUUAAAACUAUGACAUUCGUGCUGUUUUUAAAGGGAUAGUUCACUCAAAGAUUAAAAUUCUGUCAUCAUUUACUCACUCUGUUGUUGUUACAAACCUGUAUAAAAAAUUUGUUGGAAGAUAAUUUCAAUAUUGUUUGUAACCAAACCGAUCUGAGGCCCCAUUCACUUCCAUUGUAGGGAAAAUAAUUCAAUGGAAGAGAAUGGAGCCCCUGAUUGGUUUUGUUACAAACAUUCUUCAAAAUAUCUUUCUUCGUGCUUAUCAGAACAAAUAA